GGGAAGUGUUGGGAAGUGUCGGCAUCGCUGUUCUCUCCGUUUAUAAGAAGAAUCCCGUCUUCCACGCUUUAGCUGUGGGGAGCUUUAUCCUCCAAAAGAGCUCUCCGACCCUGGAAACUUGAGAGGAGAGGGUAGGGAUUUGUGUCGGACGGGAGUCCUGUCCCUAACCUUGACCGGGCCCGCCUCUGUCUCAGUGUCAGGAAUGGUUCCAAGGGAUCUAGGUCCAAAUCUCUUAACUGUAAUAACCCUGCUUCUGUUAGGGACCACUGAAAUCUCUUGGUCUGUCAAGCUCUUGUGGCUUGAAGGACAGGGCCAGUUAUGACCAUUUUGAUGUUUUUUCCACCCCUGUUCUGGCUUAAGUUUGGUUUAUGGUAGUGAAAAGAAGCGACUACGUCUGGAUUAGUAAAUCGUGUCCCAUUGUUUGUAAGAAAUUGUGAAGUUUGUUAUUUCUAAGUCGAUGUUUUCGAUUGGCCUAAGGUCAAAUUUUUACGGCUUUUAAAAAGCAUUUUAAAAAUCUUGGGUUUGUUCUGUUAGUCACUGAUGAGUGGAGGGCCCGCUGCCUUACAAUGCAUGUUUUCCAGUAAAUUACUGAGUGAUCAUCUUUAGUAAAGGUGCCGUCUUUGCCAUCUCUUUGUUAAUAAUGAUUCAUGUGUAACAGUAGGCUGUACACUACUGAAACUUCCUUUUGGAGGAUCUUUAAGAACAGAAAAUAAGUUGGGUCAAAGUAACGGCCAACCUCAAGAGACCUCCCUCUGAGUUGGAAUGAUAAUGACAGACUCCCGGGAAGUUAUAGACUUAGACCCUCCAGUUGAGACUUCACAAGAGCAGGAAGAUCUUCUAAUAGUGAAGGUGGAAGAGGAGGACUGCACCUGGAUGCAGGAGUACAAUCCACGAACGUUUGAGACUUUUUAUCAGCGCUUCAAGCAUUUCCAGUACCAUGAGGCAUCAGGACCCCGGGAGGCCCUGAGCCAGCUCCGGGUGCUCUGCUGUGAGUGGCUGCGGCCCGAGCUCCACACCAAGGAGCAAAUCCUAGAGCUGCUGGUGCUGGAGCAGUUCCUCACUAUCCUGCCUGAAGAGUUCCAGGCCUGGGUGAGAGAACACCACCCUGAAAGUGGAGAAGAGGCGGUGGCUGUGAUAGAAAGUAUACAGAGAGAACUUGAGGAACGGAGACAACAGAUUGUGGCGUACCCUGAAGUGCUUCCUCAGAAGAUAGCCUCACCCGGAGCGGUGCAGGAGGCCUUUGGUCACCAGUUCCUGUCCGUGGACACCCAUCCUGAACAAGAGCCACAGAAGCCUCAUCUUCUGGAGGAAAAUGCCCUUCCUGCUCUCCAAGCUCCUCCCCUUCCCCUGAAGGACAGCCAGGAGCUGACAGCUUCACUUCUCUCAGCUGGGUCCCAGUUGGUGAAAUUUGAAGAUGUGGCUGAUGUGGCUGUAUCCUUCAUCCUGGAGGAAUGGGGACAUUUGGACCAGUCCCAGAAGUCUCUUUAUAGGGAUGGCAGGAAGGAGAAGUAUGGGAAUAUUACUUCUCUGGAUUAUGAGUCCAAGAACAAUAAUGUGGAACUCAGAGUAAAGCAGAUUUCCAAUGAAGCCAGUUCACCCAGCUCACAGUGGGUGGCAGCAGGAAGCACCCAGAGAAAUGUCUCUCUGAGUCCAGAGUUUGCCGACGUUAGUGACCUUAAGGGCAUGGUACAAAGGUGGCCAGUAGACCCCGCUGUGGGGAAACCAAGGCAGAAUCCUUCCCAGAAGAGAGAUCUCAGCGCUAGCACCGACAUUAACCGUAAGCAGAGCGCAAAUGGGGAGAGAGGGCACCGCUGUAACGACUGUGGGAAGUUUUUUCUUCAAGCCUCCAACUUUAUUCAGCACCGGCGAAUCCACACUGGAGAAAAACCGUUUCAAUGUGGUGAAUGCGGGAAGAGCUACAAUCAGCGCGUGCACCUCACGCAGCACCAGAGAGUCCACACCGGCGAGAAGCCCUACAAGUGCCAGGUGUGUGGCAAAGCGUUCCGGGUGAGCUCCCACCUCGUGCAGCACCACAGCGUCCACAGCGGGGAGAGGCCCUACGGGUGCAGUGAGUGCGGGAAGAGCUUCGGCCGCCACUCGCACCUCAUCGAGCACCUGAAACGGCACUUCCGGGGGAAGUCCCAAAGAUGCAGCGACAAAAGAAGUAGGACUACAGAACUGAAUGUUAAGAACAAGAUUUCAGAAUUUUCAGAAGCAGAUGUGGAAGUAUCAAGAAAAGUCCAAAGAAAUGCUCUUGAAGUUCAAGCUUUUGGAGAAGACUAUGAACCCCAAGGCAAGCCUGAAAGAAAGCAGGGGAUUCCUGUGAAGGAGAUCCUGGGACAGUCCUCCUCAAAGAGGAUGGGUUGCAACGAAGUCACUUACAUCCACAAAAAACCCUCCACAGGAGAGAGGCCGCAUAAAUGUAAUGAAUGUGGAAAGAGCUUUAUUCAGAGUGCACAUCUUAUUCAACAUCAGCGAAUUCACACUGGGGAGAAGCCAUUUCGGUGUGAUGAGUGUGGGAAGAGCUAUAACCAACGCGUGCACCUCACUCAGCAUCAGCGAGUUCACACGGGUGAGAAACCCUACACGUGUCAUUUAUGUGGGAAAGCAUUUAGAGUGAGGUCCCACCUCGUUCAGCAUCAGAGUGUGCACAGUGGGGAGAGACCCUUUAAGUGUAACGAAUGUGGGAAAGGCUUUGGGAGGCGUUCCCACCUUGCUGGACAUCUGCGGCUCCACUCCCGUGAGAAGUCCCAUCAGUGCCAUGAAUGUGGAGAAAUCUUUUUUCAGUAUGUCAGCCUAAUAGAACAUCAGGUGCUACAUGUAGGUCAGAAAAAUGAGAAAAAUGGCAUUUGUGAAGAAGCGUACAGUUGGAACUUGACUGUUAUUGAAGACAAAAAGAUUGAGUUACAAGAGCAGCCUUAUAAAUGUGAUAUAUGCGGAAAAGCCUUUAAUUAUAGUUCAGACCUUAUUCAACAUUAUAGAACUCACACUGCAGAGAAAACCCAUAAAUGUGACAUUUGUAGAGGAAAUAUUGGCCCAUGUUCCCACAUAAAACAACAUCAAAAAACCUACCCUAGUACAAAACCACACCAGUGUAAUGAAUGUGGAAGAGGCUUCACUCUGAAGUCACAUCUUAAUCAACAUCAGAGAAUCCAUACUGGUGAGAAACCUUUUCAAUGUAAAGAAUGUGGAAUGAGUUUCAGCUGGAGUUGUAGCCUCUUUAAGCAUCUGAGAAGCCAUGAGAGGACAGAUCCCAUAAACUCCGUAUGCGUAUAGAUGUUUCUAUUGAGAAACCGCCCAAUAUUAGAGAAGCCUUCCUAAAGAGAGACCUUAUUUGUAUAAUGAGUGUAAUAACAAUAUCAGGCGUUUUUCCAUCCUGACCAUCAAAACCUACAGGUGUAUUGAAUUCUUUCAAUUAGAUCUCAGCCUACAGGAACACUGGAGCAUCCACAGUAAUACCAGUGUGCUUUACCUUUUGAGAAGUGUGCUUUGGGUAGUAUCUGUAUGCUUAGAAAUCUAGAUGAAAAGAGAACCCCUGGAUAUGGCAGAUGAAUGAAAGCCUUCAGAUGACACUCACUUAUUAGAAUCCCAGAAAACUGACAAUGGGAAAAGGCUCAUGAAUGCAGUACAAAUAAGCUUUAUUUUUAGUGUCUGCCUUGUUUGACAGCAUAUUGAUUCAGGGGAGAGUGCAGUGAAAGAACUCUUCAGCAUGAUAUCUGUCUUGGUACUUAAGCAAUGAAUGCUUUCGAGAAACAAUUAUGCCAACCACUACAAUACUCCAGUCAUUGUUCCCAUCUUGAGUAUUAAAGCCUUU